CAGAUGGGGCCUUGAGCGCUCGCGAGUACUCUAGCCUGUCGGACAGGUUGAGCUAGAGUUUCGGAGAGUAGGAGGGAGGGAGGCGGCGAGCGGGAAGAGGAAGAAGAUUCAGGCGGCGCGAGGCGAGCACCGGGGAACGUGGGGAGGAGAGGCCGGCGGCCAGGCUGCGGGAGCGCACCGCACCCGCACGACCUCGAGGGGCUGCCCCUGCGUGCAUGCCCGGGCGGCUUCCGCUAGGGGGCGACAGUGCCCCGCUCCUGUGUCCCUGCUACCCUUCUGACCCCUGGGACUGAUGAAGACACAUCUUUUAGGAAUUAAGUCUGACCGCCUUGGGGCGAGGGGACGUGCGCAGGCAAAGGAUCGCCACGACUCGAGCAGUAAUGGCAACCCUCGCAUCCCUCACCUCUCCUCUCCGGGACAACAUCUCUACAGUCCCGCGCCGCCUCUCUCGCACACCGGGGUUGCAGAGUACCAGCCGCCUCCUUACUUCCCGCCGCCUUACCAGCAGCUGGCAUACUCGCAGUCCGCCGACCAUUACUCGCAUCUGGGAGAGGCUUACGCUGCCGCCAUGAACCCCCUGCACCAGCCUGCGGCCACCGGCAGCCAGCAACAGGCCUGGCCGGGUCGACAGAGUCAGGAGGGCUCUAGCCUGGCCUCGCACCACAGCCGCUCUGCAAGUCUAAUACCCCAUAUUUCAGGGCUGGAGGGGGGCUCGGUGAGCGCCCGGCGGGAAGUCUACCGCCGGUCCGACCUGCUGCUGCCUCACGCGCACGCCCUGGAAGCCGGCCUGGCUGAGAACCUGGGGCUGCACGAGAUGGCUCACCCCAUAGAGGAGGUGCAGAAUGUGGACGACGCGCACUUGCUCCUACACGAUCAGACUGUCAUUCGCAAAGGACCCAUUUCGAUGACCAAGAACCCUUUGGGGCUCCCUUGCCAGAAGGACCUGGUGGGAGUGGUCAUGAACCCCAGUGAGGUCUUCUGCUCGGUCCCUGGAAGACUGUCCCUGCUCAGCUCCACGUCGAAGUACAAAGUAACUGUGGCUGAGGUACAGAGGCGACUGUCACCACCGGAAUGCCUAAACGCCUCGCUCCUGGGAGGUGUGCUCAGAAGAGCAAAGUCCAAAAAUGGAGGCCGGUCCUUGAGGGAGAAGUUGGACAAAAUUGGAUUGAACCUUCCGGCCGGGAGACGGAAAGCUGCCCACGUCACUCUCCUCACGUCUCUCGUGGAAGGUGAAGCCGUCCACCUAGCACGGGACUUCGCCUAUGUCUGCGAAGCUGAGUUCCCUAGUAAAGCGGUGGCUGACUAUUUAACGAGACCACAUCUUGGGGGACGGAAUGAGAUGGCCACGCGGAAGAGUAUGUUGUUGGCUGCACAGCAGGUGUGCAAGGAGUUCACUGACCUUCUCCAUCAAGAUCGGACACCCAACGGGAACAACAGGCCCGCCCAGGUCUUGGAGCCGAACAUACAAAACUGUUUGUCUCAUUUCAGCCUGAUAACUCAUGGCUUUGGCAGCCAGGCCAUCUGUGCGGCGGUCUCCGCAGUGCAGAAUUAUAUCAAGGAGGCUCUAAUCGCCAUCGAUAAGUCCUACAUGAACCCGGGGGACCAGAGUCCGGCUGAUUCCAGCAAGACGAUGGAGAAAAUGGAAAAGCACAGGAAGUAAAAUGGCUGCAAGGAGGCCAGAGAGCAGAAGGAGAGGACCCAGGCCCCUCCACUGGGGCAGCCCGGGAAGUGUCCAGAGCAGCAGCAGCAGCAGGGAAGCAGUUACAACCCGCCCGCCCACACCGCACUCUGGACCUGCCCUCUUGGAGUCUUUGUGACUUUUCCAUUUAACCCUGGACAUGCUAUCCUGAAGCCACUUGGUUUGGUUCUUUUAUUCAUUAAACAUGUGUGUUUUUUGUUUUUUUUUUAAAUCCGUUCCCUCUCUUGAAAGGUGCUACGAGUUUUAGAACCCUUUGUAAGAACUCCCUGGGCAGACAAGAAACUCCACGCUUAGCUGCUAACACAGCAGGUGCAUGGGAGUCGUCAGAUAAAGGGAUCGAUCAAUCAUAACUUAUUUCUUUUUCAGUGUUAAGAUAAUAGCUGGCUUUUAUGUCCACUAAAAUAUUUAUCUAAAAAAAAAUAGUAUUUAUCUAGUUUUCCCCACCACCUUGUCAAUCACACCUUCUGGUAGGAGGCAGAAGUCAGAGAUGCUCUUAGCAGGCAGCUACUUACCAGUGGUAUGUGACAGGCUUCCAGCUACUCAUUCAAAAAAGGGGUCCCCUGUUUUUAAGGAACUUGAAAGCAAAGCCUGCUGUUUCUUUCCUGUUUCCUUCCUCUUUUAAAAAAAUAUUGAAAGUUUAAAAUUCUUUAGAUAAUAGGAUUUUUAAAUGAUCUGUUCCUUUAAGGUAGAGAAGUUUUAUUUGCAUAUUUAUUUCAGAUCUUGAUUUUUUUUUUUCCACAAAACUUGAAGAGGGUAGGCACACAGCGGCGCCUGCCAUCCCUAAGUCCCCGAGGAGGCUCCGUGCUGAGAAACUGUUGAGUGUACAGAUUUUAUUUAUGCAUAAUUUAAUGGGAUCUGUAAAUACUUCUUAUGACUUUUUGAGAAAUGGGAUUCGAUUUUAAAAUUACCUUUUAAUGGUGGUGGGUCAUGUAGCCCCUCUAGCUUUUAUGCGAGUGCACACAGGGUAUUGAAACUGAAGAUGAAGCUGGGCUUUUCUCUCUUGGCUGGUCAAGUAUUAUUUGAUUGGAGCUGUUUAGGAAGCAAUAGGCAUCUCAUUUCUGCGGGCUGAACCGGAAGAGAAUGGAGUUUAGUUUGUGUGGGUGACGUGUGGAUUGGGACUGGACCUCUAAGCCUGUCCGUGCUCCUUAAAUAAUUGUUGUGUGUGAUACCUGUAUAAUAAAAAAUAUUCUCGAUAGAAUCUC